AUGAGUAAAGGCUUUGGACAAAUAACCAAUAGCAAAUGGUUAGUCAAUUCCUAUCCCAACGCUCUCAGAUACACUGGGCCCUCGUCAUCAAUCUCCAAGGUUGCUUACGCCAGUCUGCCCGAUGCCCCAUAUGCCUCUAUUUUUAAUGUCGCUCCUCUGGCCUCACAAACGUGCCAGGGCUGUGAUGCAUAUGCAUCGGGGGCUGAUCUCCAAUAUGACUACUAUGGUGUGUCCCAGUGUGAUAAUGCCAGCAAAUUUUACGAUGUGACCGUGGAAAGCUUGAUACUGUGGAAUCCGUCUCUACAGAGUGCCAGCACAAGCAGUAACUCGUCGACCAACUUGGAAGAUGGUUCCUUUUCUAAGCAGUUCAGCUACUGUAUGGACAAUCCUACCAUUAGCGCAACUGCGUCUGUUUCUGGAAGCCGUGCCUCUACGCCUUUGCCAACCGCUACCAAACAUUGA